GAGACGAAGAGGGAGGAAAAUGCUAGAACGGGAUAGCGGAUAAUGCAACGCGAAAUAAACAUACUGUGUCCUAACGGGAAAGCUCACAUCUCAUUUUGAUCGAUACGGGAAAAGGGAGCCGUUUGUUAUCGCUUUGAUGAAGCAGAAUUGACUAGAUCACUGUGACCUAAAAUUCACAUCUCCAUCAGAGAAUAAGUGUUCACAUACAAGGAACCAAACUACUAACCUACAAAAGCAAAAAUGAGUUCUCACGAUUCAGAGGUGUACAUGGUCGCACCGGAGAUGCCGGCCAUGUUUGACGGCAUGAAGUUGGCGGCUGUUGCCACAGUGCUCUACAUCAUCGUCCGAUGCCUAAAUUUGAAAAGUCCUACAGCUCCUCCAGAUCUCACAUACCAGGAAACAGUGCUCAACCACUUCCUUCUUAAGUCCUGCCCUAUCCUGACCAAAGAGUACAUUCCUCCUCUGCUAUGGGGUAAAAGUGGUCAUCUUCAGACGGCCCUCUACGGAAAGUUGGGUCGAGUUAGUUCUCCACACCCGUACGGCCUGCGCAAAUAUCUGCCCAUGCAGGAUGGGGCCACAGCAACUUUUGACCUCUUUGAACCACUAGGGGAUCAUCAAACUGGAGAGGAUGUCACCAUGGUAAUUUGCCCUGGCAUUGGGAACCACAGUGAGAAGCACUAUAUCCGCACAUUUGUGGAUCAUUCACAGAAACAGGGCUACCGCUGUGCUGUGCUCAAUCACCUUGGAGCAUUGCCUAACAUUGAGCUCACCUCACCACGCAUGUUCACCUACGGCUGUACAUGGGAGUUUGCAGCAAUGGUGGGCUUCAUAAAGAAGGCCUUUCCCCAGACAAAACUCAUUGUGGUGGGCUUUAGUCUGGGGGGAAAUAUUGUGUGCAAGUUCCUGGGAGAGAACCGCACCAACCAGGAGCGUGUUUUGUGCUGUGUGAGCGUGUGUCAGGGCUACAGUGCAUUAAGGGCCCAGGAGACGUUUCUGCAGUGGGACCAGUGCCGUCGCUUCUAUAACUUCCUAAUGGCCGACAACAUGAAGAAGAUCAUUUUGUCUCACAGGAGCGUUUUAUUUGGGAUGGGCUCAACUAAAAUGGUGGAUGCAGAUUUGAGUCGGCUCUACACUGCCACUUCCCUCAUGCAGAUUGAUGACAACAUCAUGAGAAAAUUCCAUGGUCACAACUCUCUGAAGGAGUACUACGAGAAGGAGAGCUGUGUUCAUUACAUUCAUAAUAUAAAUGUGCCUCUGCUGCUGGUGAACUCUGGUGAUGAUCCUCUUGUGCACAACACUUUGCUCACCAUACCUCGUACACUUGCAGAAAAGAAAGAAAAUGUCAUCUUUGCUCUAACACUGCACGGUGGGCACCUGGGUUUCUUCGAGGGUGCUGUACUAUUCCCUCAGCCCCUCACCUGGAUGGACAAGGUCAUUGUUGGCUACACCAACGCCAUCUGCCAGUGGGAGAAGCAGAAACCACCGUGCCAAAGUCAAGUCACCCAUUCCAGUGAAACCAAAUGCCAAGACAGUAAAUCCUAACCGUCCACCGUCAUCUCCAGUUUACCACCACAGAGAUCAUUUGCACCAUGCACAUAAGGGAUAAUGCCACCAUCUUCAAGCGUUUACUGUUAGUGUGUAAAAAGUUGUUUUCUCUUAAUCACAGUUUACCAACAUGCUGAAUCGCAACUUCUUAAACAUUUCCGAGAGAGAGAGAGAGCAGAAAAGUCACUCGACGACCAAAAACAAUCUAAUAUCGUGUGUAGCGAGGAUGCAGUUUAGAUUUACAGUAGUUCGUAGUUUCAUACUACGCUGAUUCAGUAUAUGUCUUUAGCCCUCUAAUUACGAAACAUUAAAAACUGUUUAGUUUACGACAUCUAUAGAGGACAAGCUCUCGCAAUAGCACACUAAAACAAGUUUCAGGUCACAUUUCACCUUAAAAUAAAAUAACAAAAAUAUAUAUAGCAAAUAAUAUUUUUUUUUUUACAUUGUGACAUAAUUUUCAUGACAAUUAAGCACAUUAUUCUCACAAAUUCUCUGUUUAAAUCUCAUAACAUUCUCAGUACUGUAAUACAUUACUUUUUAUUGAAUUACAAUGAUAAAAAAAUAUGUAUAUAUAUAUAUAUAUAUAUGUAUAUAUUUUUUUAUUCAAACCAGCAUAAAUCGAAUGCUGUACAACAAAUGAUAUCAGGGUUUUAAAAUAGACUUUAUUUUCUUUACGCAAAAUAAAUGUUCUUCUUUCUUUAGAUUUUGGGGUGAAAUAUGACAUGUUCUUGACCAGUUUCGUGAGAUUCACCCUGUCAGUUUAGUAAACCAACAAGGCUUACUUCACAGUACAUAACACAUGAUUUUACAGAAAGUGACCGUUAAGCAGGCACUGUGUGCUUAUGGAUACGACAGACACGCCGUUUGUGCUCGUACUGUGUGAUAUCAACCAUCUAACUUCUAUUUUUGGUCUGGUAACCAUUUUAGCACAGGCUAGCUUUCAUAUUACUCAUAUAAAUUCAUUUAGAACCAGAUUUUCGCAAGUAUACCACAUGCGACAUGAGAAACUACAUUGCGGGUUUAACGGGAUGGUUCACCCAAAAAUGAAAGUUUUCUCAUAAUUUAUUCACCCUCAUGUCAUCCCGGAUGUGAACGACUUUCUUUUUUCUGCUGAAAACAUCCAAAGAUUUUUAGAAGAAUAUCUCUGCUCUGUUGUUCCUUACAAUGAAUCUGAAUGGUGACCAGACCUUGAAAGCUCCAUAAAUCUCCACUUUCACUUUCAGUUGUAAAAGUGAAAGUGGAGAUUUACAGUAAAAAGGACUUAAAUAUUGAUCUGUUUCUCACCCACACCUAUCAUCUGAAGACAUGGAUUAAACCACUGGAGUCGUAUGGAUUACUUUUAUGAUGCAUUUAUAUGCUUUUUGGACCUUCAAAGUUUGGUCACCAUUCACUUGCAUUGUAUGGACCUACAGAGAUGAAAUAUUCUUUUAAAAAUCUUUGUUUGUGUUCAGCAGAAGAUGGAACGUCAUAAACGUCUGGCAUGCAGGUGAGUAAACGAUGAGAGAAUUUUCAUUUUUGGGUGAACUAUCCCUUUAAUCCAAAAACACAUUCCUAGUGGAUCAGUUUUUGUUAAAGCACUUUUAAGGAAUGUUGGCAAUUUUGUUUUUUUGUAAGAGGUUUUAGGAAGACUUGCUGGCCAUAGAAGUUACAAAAACAAAAGGGAGAGAUGAGACCUCAAAUGAAAGACUCUUAUGAUCCCUCCUGAUCACCAAAAUGUGUUCACUUUAUAACUUGUGGUUCAUUCCACAAGCAUAACCACACAGAUUUCGAAAGCAAAUCACAUUCCGUUAAAGUUCAGUUAACAGUCAAGAGAAAAGCACCAGAAAUUGUUGGUGCAGUAUUGACUUGUAUUUGUAGAAAUACAUUGAAAUUAAUAGAACUAGAUUGUACAAAGUGUUGAUUGGGAGACGAGAGUGCAUUUACUAGGUGCAUGUCUGUGAAAACUGGCUACUUACAGGGAUUUUUGCUGUUGUAUUGUUUGUUUGUUCCUUAAUCUUGUUUAUUUUCAGUUUUUGUGCAAUUACUUUGCUUUUUGUAUUUUAUUUUUUUUCUGUUGCGAUUCGAAUGGAAGUAAUCUACAAAAGCAGAGGGGGAAAAUUAUAAAAUUAAUAUUUAAAUUUGACUAUUCAAAGAGCCAUUUCCAAAGGCCCUGUACAGAUUCAAUCAUGUUGAACAGUCCAGAAUUAGACUUUGAAUUUGUUUCAGGGAAGCAGUCACAAAAUCUUCUACAAAGACUAUAUUAUAUAUUUGUUGAACACUAAUGUUUUUGUAAGUUGUUUUAUUGGUAAAGGAGUAAAGUUGUUAGAACUAUCGGAAACCCUCAGUCAUACAUUGUGAAAAAGUUUGUGUAUUUCUUAACGUACGUAAUGGCCUUAACGGUUCUCAGUUAUUAGACAACAAUAGUGAUGCAUCAUCUUUUAGGAGAAUGUAUCAACAAAACUUUCAGUUUUGUCAAGACUUUUCAAGUCAGCUGUGUUAAGAUGCCCCCUGCUGGUAAUUAGGUUUAAAAGCACAGUCUUAUUUUAUGUUUACCAAACUCUUAAUUCAUACUGUUGCUGGAACCCAACCUCAUUAGAGUGUCUAAAAUUCCAUGCAGAUAUUCAGUAUUAAUCGGUUUAGAGAGAUAGUUUACCUCCCCUCUGUUAAAUGUGAAAUGCGUCUUUUCUUAUGGUAAUGCUUCUUUUAUAGAUAAGUGUUUGUAUUGCGUCAAAUUGUUCUUAGUUUUUUGUUUUGAAUGGUGAAGUCGUGUUAUUUUAAGCAUAAAUGCAAAAGCUGCUAAUUGGGUGUCAUUGCUUUGCUCUUUCCGGUGAUCGGAUUAAUUUGGCCUUUAACACCAGCACAAAUUCGAUCUCUGCUGUAACUCGAUCCAGUUUGCCUUUAAAAUUGUCUCCCACUUAUUUUUUGCACAGAAAAUACAAGCUUAUGAUGCACAUCCUCGACAAAAGUUAAUCAAACAUUUUUGUUUGUUGUUUAUUUGUUUGUUUUGUAUUUUGCAAUAAUUUCAUUGUUGUUCUUUUUAUUCUCUGAUGUACAGAAGUAUGAUCGUAUGUGGUGUGUACACUGAAAGUUUGCAUCAUAUCAACACUUCUGGUUAUGAAAACUAAAAACACAAUUUUGCAUUGGAAUACAGAAAAGAUUAUGUGUGUUUAAAAAUGAUGUGUAGAAACUGUUUCUAUUUACGGUUUAUGUACGGUUUGACUAUCAUCAAUAAUGUUUUGAAUUCUUUUCUCUUUUUCUCCAAGCCAAAAAGACAAUAUGGUGUCAAAUGGAGUAUAGAGAAUAUGUUUUCAUGCUUCAGUCACAUGGAUUUAGAAAUUAUUAUUAUUAUUAUUAU